UUCUCAACUGCAUGGAGCUUAAGUUGCAUCUUAACCCCCAUCCUGAGAUAAGACUGGCUCUAUAAAUAUCGCCUCCUCCCCACCCCCAACUUGACUUGUCCCGUAAGGCCUUAAUUGCUUCUCGCAGUGUACAAGGAUAUCCCAAAUAUACCACAUAGCUCUUCUAGCCACAAGUAUACCCGAUCCUACACCCAAGAUGGGCUCCAACAAUUCAAAACUGGCCCCUGCCAAUAAGAAAAGUAACGAAAAGCCUGCAUGCGCAACAACGGCGACUAUGAAAUUGAAGCAGAUAGCAUCUGGCGGAGGCAACUUGGACACCCAUGAUGAUCAUGAGGCCCCACCUCCGUACAAUGCGGAAGACCGGGCGAGAAGUCUCGCGAUCCCGCAGUUGAAAGACUGGGAAGAGCUUCUCCUGAGUUCCGACAAGAACCGUCUGGCUAUUCUUAGUUUCGCCACCAAUCCCUAUUCGCAGAUUCUUACCAAUCAGUCUGCUGUGCAGGCUGUGGAUAGGCCAGUUUUCAAUGUCAAGAUCCCGUUGGAAGGCGCCCCGAUCACGAAUCAGCGCUCGUCAGGCCGCUGCUGGCUGUUUGCGGCGACGAAUGUCUUCCGCGUGCCACUUAUGAAGAAGUAUAACCUGAAGGAGUUUGAGCUCAGCCAGGCGUAUCUCUUUUACUGGGAUAAGAUUGAGAAGGCCAAUUGGUUCAUGGAGAAGAUCAUAGAGACGGCGGACGAGGAUCUGUCCAGUCGCUUGGUACAGAAGUUGCUCGAGGACCCCGUCACGGACGGCGGCCAAUGGGAUAUGGUGGCGAACCUGGUGGGCAAGUAUGGCUUGGUGCCUCACGACAUCUACCCAGAUAACUUUAGUGCCCAGAACAGUGCGAAGAUGAACUGGCUCGUGACGGUGAAGCUACGCGAGCAUGCGUUGACACUGCGGCGGUUGGCGCAAAGUCAGCCCGAGAGACUGGCGAGACAGAAGGAUGAAUUUCUGAAAGAGAUCCACUCCCUGGUGACUAUCAUGUUAGGCCCGCCACCGAGUCCAAAGGAGGCAUUCCACUGGGAGUACUAUGAUGCCGAUGGCAAAUUUCAAGAAGUAUACGACAGCCCGCAGGGAUUUGCGAAACAAGCCUCUGCACAACUGGCCCGGGGAGAUGUUGAUCCCCGCAGGAUGUUGAGCUUGGUUAAUGACCCGCGGAAUGAGUAUGACCGAUUGCUGACAGUCGACAAACUGGGUAAUGUUGUGGGGGGACGUCCGAUUACGUACGUCAAUGUAGACAUGAAGACAAUCAAAGCCGCUGCGAUUGCAAUGCUUCGUGCAGGGCACCCUGUUUUCUUUGGCUGCGAUGUUGGAAAGUUCUACGACGCCAAGCUUGGGGUGAUGGAUCAGUGGCUGCUGGACCUCAGUUUGGGAUUCAAUACUACGCUGCGCAUGGAUAAGGCACAAAGACUGAAUACCGGCGAGUCAUCCAUGACCCAUGCAAUGGUACUGACAGGCGUUCAUGUCGAGAAGGGUCAACCAGUACGAUGGCGGGUGCAGAACUCCUGGGGUGAAGCCGUAGGAGACAAGGGUUGGUUUGUCAUGGCAGAUGAGUGGAUGGACGAGUUUACGUAUCAGGCUGUGAUUGACUCUCGGUUCGUUUCAAAGGAGGUGCGAGAUAUUCUUAAACAGAAACCAAAGGUCUUGCCACGAUGGGACCCGAUGGGAGUUCUUGCGUGACGAGUGACCAAUCCUAGAA